AUGGCCCAAGAAGCAUGUCGUCGAGAUCCUGGCGCCAAUUCGAGGGAAGCCUCGAAAUGGCGUCAAGUGAGAGUGCAGUUCUGCUGGCGCGAGCCGCGCGCGGCUGUGAAGCAGACUCGCAACUGGUAUUCAUGCCGCGCCCCUUUCGCAUGCGCGCGAGACACGUUUGGUACACCAAUGAUUGCGGAUCGCGAGGUGUGGGACCUGACCAUCAACAAGGAUCAGAAAGUAGAGCACCAUGUCCUUAGAAGAGCAAGGCAUGUGGCAAGAAGUUGAUCAGGCGAGGUCAAGAACAAGGACGUGAAGAGUGUCCAGUACAGUGUCCAGUGUAUAGUAAUUACGAGCUUAUGGUCCGCGCUAGCUGUAGGCCCCUCUUCGUGUAGAUGCCUCGAAUGAUCAGGGUCAUUAGAAUCAUAAGAGUCUACUAUAGGCGCACCCUAUAGUAGAUAGAACAUUCCGCCAGGUAGGACUACGGUAGCGCACUUAAUAACACCUGACUCCGUCUGAUCCUGGUUUGAGGUUCCUAGCGGUCUUAAUUUGCGCGUUUUCGGUACGUUCCGACCUUAAAAACCGGACAUUUCAGCCAAGAUCGUCCUUAAUUUAGCAUGUGGA